AUGUUUACGUCCCGGAGACAUCAAAAAGUCUCUCAUUCUUUGGUCGUGUUAUUCUUUUCUGAGGAUACCAAACUACGGACUACUUCGGAAGUAUCCCCAGUGAAAAGGAAUUUGAUAAAAGUUGGAUAUUCGUUGCUGCACCAGGAUAAACAGUUGGACAGACUCCGGUACAAGAGGAAUCGGGGACUAUACACUCUGAUGUUUGAUGAUGAUGAACGAUCGCAAACAGCCGACUCACCAACCGGUGCCAACGGCGAAUCUGUAUUACCGUCGGUGGUUCCGACGUGGUCCAAUGUGGUGUACAUAACACUGUCAAGGCACAUUAAACCAGCUAUUAUAAGGGGAACAGUGAGACCAAAACUAAGGAGAAAAGCCAGGAGAACCAAACCCAAAGACGGAUUUAAGCAGGUAAAAUUAAGAAAAAUUGGCACUUUGGAGUGGGAGGAAUGGAGACAAAAGCAUACUAAUGGAAUUGAAAUAUCUUGAAAACAAAUUAACACCAUAAAUAAUGCAACACGGGAUGUAAGCUAAAAUGUAAAGAUGCAAACAGAACCUCACAUCAGUUCUAUCUGAAUACACAGUGUGAGGGCACUGCCGUGGUUCAGCAAAGAGGACAUUAGUGCCAUACACUUUCUUGCUGAUGGUAAAGAUACACACAUUCGUGAGGUGUCCCAUAAGGAAUCUAUCCCCCUCUUGCUGUUUUCGCUUUCCAUUUUGAUAGGAUCCUGGGACUGAAUCGGAGCGUACCCGCUGACAGCAGGAAGUUUCCGUUUGUACAAGAUAGGCCCAUUGUCCACCGACUGAGUGACCUGCAUUCAUAUCUCAACAUAUUGGCCUCUAGCCUAUGUCAAAAUACAUGUGCUAUCAUUCCGUAACCUUUGGAAUAAUUAAUACGUAGGCUAUUGGGCAUUCAAUGCCUUCGGAAAGUAUUCAGACGCCUUGACUUCUUCCACAUUUUGUUAGGUUACAGCCUUACUCUAAAAUUGAUGAAUUAAAUAAAACUCCUCAGUAAUAUACACAGAAUACCCCAUAAUGACAAAGCGAAAACAAGUUUUUAGACAUUGUAUUACAAAUAAAAAACAGAAAUGCCUUAUUUACAUAAGUAUUCAGACCCUUUGCUAUGAGACUUGAAAUUGAGCUCAGGUGCAUCCUGUUUCCAUUGGUCAUCCUUGAGAUAUUUCUAAAACUUGAUUGGAGUCCUCCUGUGGUAAAUUCAAUUGAUUAGACAUGAUUUGGAAAGGCACACACCUGUCUAUAUAAGUCCCACAGUUGACAGUGCAUGUCAGAGCAAAAACCAAGCCAUGAGGUCGAAGGAAUUGUCCGUAGAGCUCCGAGACAGGAUUUUGUUGAGGCACAGAUCUGGGGAAGGGUACCAAAAAAUGUCUGCAGCAUUGAAGGUCCCCAAGAACACAGUGGCCUCCAUCAUUCUUAAAUGGAAGAAGUUUGGAACCACCAAGACUCUUCCUAGAGCUGGCUGCCAGGCCAAACUGAGCAAUCCGGGGAAAAGGGCCUUGGUCAGGGACGUGACCAAGAACCUGAAGGUCACUCUGACAGAGCUCUAGCGUUCCUCUGUGGAGACGGGAGAAACUUCCAGAAGGACAACCAUCUCUGCAGCACUCCACCAAUCAGGCCUUUAUGGUAGAGUGGCCAGACGGAAGCCACUUCUCAGUAAAAGGCACAUGACAGCCCGCUUGGAGUUUGCCAAAAGGCACCUAAAGACUCUCAGACCAUGAGAAACAAGAUUCUCUGGUCUGAUGAAACGAAGAUUGAACUCUUUGUCCUGAAUGCCAAGCGUCACGUCUGGAGUAAACCUGGCACCAUCCCUACGGUGAAGCAUGGUGGUGGCAGCAUCAUGCUUUGGGGAUGUCUUUCCAUGGCAGGGACUGGGAGACUAGUCAGGAUCGAGGCAAAGAUGAACGGAGCAAAGUACAGAGAGAUCCUGGAUGAAAACCUGCUCCAGAGCUCUCAGGACCUCAGACUGGGGCGAAUGUUCACCUUCCAACAAGACAACGACCCUAAGAACACAGCCAAGACAACGCAGAAGUGGCUUCGGGACAAGUCUCUGAAUGUCCUUGAGUGGCCCAGACAGAGCCCGGACUAGAACCCGAUCAAACAUCGCUGGAGAGACCUUAAAAUAGCUGUGCAGCGACGCUCCCCAUCCAACCUGACAGCUUGAGAGGAUCUGCAGAGAAGAAUGGGAGAAACUCCCCAAAUACAGAUGUGCCAAACUUGUAGCGUCAUACCGAAGAAGACUCGAUGCUGUAAUCACUGCCAAAGCUGCUUCAACAAAGUACUGAGUAAAAGGUCUGAAUACUUAUGUAAAUGUAAUAUUUCAGAUUUACUUUCUAUAUAAAUUAGCAUAAAUGUCUAAAAACCUGUUUUUGCUCUGCCAUUAUGGGAUAUUGUUAGUAGAUUGAUGAGGGGAAAAAUGAUUUAAUCCAUUUUAGAAUAAGGAUGUAACGUAUCUGUCAAGGUAGAUGUAGGUGGGUGUGGGUGGAAUCAGGCGCAGGACGCAGUACGUUAGUCCAACAGACUUUAGUGAUGCACAGCAAAAACAAACACGAAAGAAAUGCCCUGAGGCAAAAGCUCAGCACGUAGGCGAAAAUACAAGCGCACAAACAGGUGCGACAAAAUACUCCCAAAACUAAGGAGCAAAGUAGCUCAACCGAGCAAACAGUAAUAAUCCAGCCUACUGGCACGACAGUAAAACAAUCACACACAACACUAGACAAACACAACGAGAACUUAAAGGACACUAAUUACACUAAACGAUAACAGGUGUACAACAAUCAGACAAAAGCAAACGAACAUAGAAACAUGCAACGGUGGCAGCUAGUAUUCCGGAGACGACGAAUGCCGAAGCCUGCCCGAGCAAGGGAGAGAGGCAGCCUCGGCCGAAACCGUGACAGUACCCCCCCCUUGACUCGCGGCUCCAGACGUGCGCCGACUCCGGCCUCGGGGACGACCAGGAGGACACGGAGCAGGGUGCGUCGGGUGCCCCCGAUGGAAUUCCGUCAGGAGAGACGGGUCCAAAAUGUCUCUCCUCGGCACCCAGCACCAUUCCUCCGGGCCGUACCCCUCCCACUCCACUAGAUAAUCUCGAGGACGCAGGGGAAGUGGAAGGCCGUAUGUAUCCUUGUCUCAGAGAUUCGUCUAUGUACGUCUCCAUAGCUCUCUUCUCCUCCUGAGACAGAGGAUACACAUGGCUCCGUGGGAGCGCAGCUCCUGCCUGGAGGUCUAUCGCACAAUCUCCCUGCCUAUGGGGAGGCAACUGCGUCGCCCUCGACUUACUGAACACAAUAGCCAAAUCCCCAUACUCAGGGGGAACGUGCAAUGCGGGCACCUGGUUUGGACUCUCCACCGAGGUAGCCCCUAUGGAAACGCCUAAACAUCGACCCACACACUGGGCAGACCACUCCAUCAGAGCCCUCUCCUGCCACGAAAUCGAUGGGUUAUGGGUACUCAACCAGGGCAUGCCCAGCACCACCGGAUACGCAGGCGAGUCGAUCAGAAAUAGCUGGAUCAUCUCCUGAUGACCCCCCUGCGCACACAUCCUAAGUGGCGCAGUGACCUCCCUGAUCAAGCCCGCACCCAACGGACGGCUAUCUAGGGCAUGAACGGGGAAGGGAACGUCCACAGGGAGAAGGGGAAUCCCUAAGGCUAAACAAAACUUUUUAUCAACAAAAUUCCCAGCCGCGCCUGAAUCUACCAGCGCCUUAUGCUGGGAAUGAGGUGCUACCUGUGGAAAACGCACAGAUAUACAGAAAUGUGCAACAGAGAGCUCUGGGUGAGUGGGGCGCCUACUCACCUGGAAGGACUCCCCAGUGCGGGACCUGUCAUUCUCUCCCCGAGGAGGCCAUCCCCAGCACCUAGCUGUGUGUCCUCCCCGACCACAGUUGUUGCAGGAGAUGGACCCCCUUGUAAGCCGACCCCUCCUCUCUCUAGCGCCAGCGCCCCCGAGCUCCAUGGGGCACGGCUCGGAGGCGCUGGAGGGUGAAAUGGACGGACCCCCCUCGGAACGUCCGCGGGAAGCUAGCAGGGUAUCCAGCCUGAUGGACAUGUCGACCAACUGGUCAAACAAGAGGCUGGUGUCCCUACAGGCCAGCUCCCUACGGACGUCCUCGUGUAGACUACAUCUGUAGUGAUCGAUGAGAGCCCGCUCAUUCCACCCUGCAUCCGCCGCUAGGGUACGGAACUCCAAGGCGAACUCCUGGGCACUCCUCUUCCCUUGCCGGAGGCCGACCAGACGCUCCCCCGCCGCUUUCCCCUCCGGGGGAUGGUCAAACACCGCCCUGAAGCGGCGGGAGAACUCGUCGUAGGUGAUGGUGUUAGCGUCGAUCCUCCUCCACUCUGCGUUGGCCCAUUCCAACGCCUUCCCGGAAAGGCAGGAGAUCAGGGCGGACACACUCUCGUGUCCCGAGGGCGCCGGGUAAAGCUCCACCUGGAGAAGGAAUCCCUGACACCCGGCCGUGGUCCCAUCGUAGGCCCUCGGGAGCGAGAGUCGAACUCCUCGGGGUUCCGGAGCGGGAAUGGGCUGAGUGGCCGAUGGUGCGGGCAGGGAGGAUGGCGGUGGAGGAGUCCCUCGGGUCUCCCAGCCUCGGAUGGUGGUGAUCACCUCCUGCAGUGCGGACCCCAUCCGCAGGAUCUGGUCAUUCUGCUCACGGACCCUGUCCUCCAACGUCGCCUGUGCUGCUGCGGCUCCUGCUGAUUCCAUCGAGUAGGUGGUGUGAUUCUGUCAAGGUAGAUGUAGGUGGGUGUGGGUGGAAUCAGGCGCAGGACGCAGUACGUUAGUCCAACAGACUUUAGUGAUGCACAGCAAAAACAAACACGAAAGAAAUGCCCUGAGGCAAAAGCUCAGCACGUAGGCGAAAAUACAAGCGCACAAACAGGUGCGACAAAAUACUCCCAAAACUAAGGAGCAAAGUAGCUCAACCGAGCAAACAGUAAUAAUCCAGCCUACUGGCACGACAGUAAAACAAUCACACACAACACUAGACAAACACAACGAGAACUUAAAGGACACUAAUUACACUAAACGAUAACAGGUGUACAACAAUCAGACAAAAGCAAACGAACAUAGAAACAUGCAACGGUGGCAGCUAGUAUUCCGGAGACGACGAAUGCCGAAGCCUGCCCGAGCAAGGGAGAGAGGCAGCCUCGGCCGAAACCGUGACAGUAUCAAAAUGUGGAAAAGGUCAAGGGGUCUGAAUAGUUUCCGAAGGCACAGAAAUUGGCACUUGACAUGAAAAACUGUCAGAUAAUAAACCAUUGUAAUAUUAUACUGGCAAAGAGUUGGCCCUCACCUUUGCAGAAUACUUAUGUGAGCCUUUUAUAGUCUUAUAAGGCAUUAAUUAUUAAAACAUUACAUUUCAUUAACACAUUUUCAAUCAUAUCAUAUAUUUUAUUGGACCACUCUGUCAAUUUGGUUAUCUUGCUGUAUAACUUACCUUUUUGAACAAAGAAGUACACUGUGCUACUACUAGACUUAUUUACACUUCAAUGUUAAGGUGACAUUUUUAUAGCAUGUAGGCUAUGUCAUAUCUAUCUCUCCCCAAAUCAGUAUUCCAGGAAUUGUGUAGCCAAUGUAAUAUUAUUAGGCCAUGCAUAUAUGUAAGCAGAAGUAUCAGCCCUGGAGCUAUAAAGCCUGCGAGUGCUAGCUCCUUUAGCCAGCAGAGCAUGCAGCGGUCUGUGUCCUCAUAAGUCUGUGGGAGAGACUAAGUAUACAGAAACAGAUGCAAAUGCAUAACACCAUGAUGUCAAUCCUCAAAGAGUAGGAUCUUAUUCGUAGCCUUACACUGGCUAUGUUUGGGUGUCAGCUGAUGUUCUUUGUUCGGCCACCCUUGACCUGAAUGAUAUCUGUAGUCCACAUACGUACAUUGUUUCCCUUUUGUGUUUUUGUAGUGUUUGUAAUCUCCUCAACAACAUUUACAUUUACAUUUUAGUCAUUUAGCAGACGCUCUUAUCCAGAGCGACUUACAGUUAGUGAGUGCAUACAUCAUUUUUUUAUACUGGCCCCCCAUGGGAAUCGAACCCACAUCCCUGGUGUUGCAAACGCCAUGCUCUACCAACUGAGCUACAUCCCUGCCGGUCAUUCCCUCCCCUACCCUGGACGACGGUGAGCCAAUUGUGCGCCCAUGACCCUUCAUCCUCCUCAUCAUCAGUGUUGUAUGCUAGUGUAGCAGUGGUGAAUCAGUGCCCGUGUGAUUACUAACCUUGUCGGAUAUGUGAAGAUGCUCUUUAGCUCAACGGACUAACUGUGUAGACUUGAGAUCAAAAGACUAACAUAGACUUGGGUUGCACAUACAACCUGGGUUCGACCUGGGAUCCCCUCCUCAUCCCACAGGUGGCCAGCCCUGCCCCGUGGUGCUGUGGGAUGUUUCCCUCUUCCCAGGGAACAAUGCAGUGGGCCAGUCCACUGUGAAGAUGACGUGGGGGGAGUACCAGAACUCCCUCAAACAGAGGUGUUGACACAGAAACGUCACGCCCAAGCCUGACUCAGGCUGAUCCAGCAUUCACCAUUACGAGUGGAGCAAACUGGCCCUGUUUGAAUUCCUGUUGCAGGUACUGUAUGAUCACACACUUGUAUGGUCUUUCAAAUUAACUACAGUAUUUAAUGUCUCCAGAAGGAAGCUUGUCAAACUAGGAGCCUGUUGGGUUGAGGUACUUGGCAUAGGACAUCACUCCUUUGAGACAAUUGAAUCAUGUUUGUUUACCUCCUAUAUACAGACGGCUGGACUGGAACAGGCCACCACCUGAUGUGUGGAGACAAGGACUGUGUGGCACUGGCCAACAUCAUCCACAGGGGUCACAAACCCAGGCACUACCGUGACGAG